UUUUUAUCAACUACAAACUUAAAUCCACCUGAACUAGAAAAUAAAAAGAGAGAGAAAUUAAUAUUUUAUCAGACCAACAUAAAAAACACAGAUCUUUUAGUUACUACUUUUUAUAACCUUAUCCAAAUUUUUUUCAAACAGAGUAUAGACUAUAGACCAAUGAGCUCAUUUUCUGCUUUCUCUGAAAUAUUUGGCUCCGACUACGAGUCUUCGGUUUCCACAGGCGGUGAUUAUAGUCCGACGCUGGCGACGAGCUGCCCCAAGAAACCGGCGGGUCGUAAGAAGUUUCGUGAGACUCGUCACCCAAUUUACAGAGGAGUUCGUCGGAGAAACUCCGGUAAGUGGGUGUGUGAGCUUAGAGAGCCAAACAAGAAGUCGAGGAUUUGGCUUGGAACUUUCCAAACCGCCGAGAUGGCAGCUCGUGCUCACGAUGUCGCCGCCAUAGCCCUCCGUGGCCGAUCCGCCUGUCUCAAUUUCGCUGACUCUGCUUGGCGGCUACGAAUCCCGGAAUCAACUUGCGCCAAGGAAAUCCAAAAGGCGGCGGCUGAAGCUGCGUUGGCGUUUCAAGAUGAGAUGUGUGAUACGAGAACGGAUCAUGGCUUCGACAUGGAGGAGACGUUAGUGGAGGCUUUUGUGACGGCGGAACAGAGCGAGGAAUCGAUUUAUAUAGACGAGGAGGCAAUGUUUGGGAUGCCGAGUUUGUUGGCUAAUAUGGCGGAAGGGAUGCUUUUGCCGCUGCCGUCAGUACAAUGGAAUCAUAAUUACGAUGUCGACGGCGAUGAUGACUUAUCGUUAUGGAGUUAUUAAAAACCUAUUUUUAUUUCCAUUUUUUUUAAGAUCCUUUUCUAUAAUGGUUUCAUUCAGUAAGUGUGGAUUUUUCUUAAAUGCAAGUAUUUUUAAGUUCA